AUGUUUGCAAGGUUUUUCAAAAAUCCCUCGGCAUCUGAAACAAACCAAAACUCACUCAUUAAACAAGUAAAGUUCAUCAAUGGUACUCCUACAUUGGAGUAUGAGGAUGAUGAAUUUGAAAAGCUCAUUGCCCCGCAUCAAUUGAGUCUUGUGGGAAAAUUCUCGUAUGGUCUCCCUAAGAUGGAGGAAAUCCAUACGGAGUUCAAGAAGAUUGGCUUCAAUGGUGGCUAUACAUUGGGUCUCAUGAACCCUAGACAUAUUCUGAUCCGAUUUGAGGAAGAAGAUGACUAUCAAAGAUGUUGGAUUAGAACAUUUUGGAAUAUCGCGAGCUUCUCAAUGUGCAUUUUGAAUUGGACACUGGGAUUUCGUUUUGAGGAAGAUCCCCUCGUUGUUUCGAUUUGGUUAUCUCUUUAUGAUCUACCGGUUGAAUUUAUGCACCCGGAGGUUAUUUUCUCGAUGGCAUCAGCUAUUGGUCAGCCUCUAAAGGUUGAUACUCCCACUGUGAAUAUUACGAGGCCGUCAGUUGCGCGUUUUUGCGUAGAAGUCGACCUUAUGAAGGAUCUCCCGAAAUCUUUGACGAUUGGAAAGAAAGCACGCCAUGUGACUCUGUUGGGUAGCACAAGUCCCUUGGAUGUGGGAACCUGUUUGGAUGAUGGUAUGCUGGGGAUAGCUACUGAAGUAGAUGAUUUGGAUGAUAUUGACCGGGGAAGUUGGUCUGAUGGCGACAUUGAGAAUGCUCAUGUUAUAGAACUGGCGCAAGGGGAAGGUUCGAUACAUAGAAAGCGUGGUCGGAAGUCUAAGGAUGAAAAGGAGACGUUGCUUAAUGGCCUUGGGCCAAGGCGGUCUUCGCAACUGCAAUAA